AUGGCGACGGCGGCACUACUGCAGCAGCCCGCCCCGGCCCCCUCGGCGCUCUACUACGCCCUCCUGGCGGCGUUCCACGUCUUUCCAAUCCACGCGCCGCUCACGCUGUGGGUGUUUGACGCGCCGUUUGGCAAGUUUGCAAAGAAUGUCUGGGGGAAUGUCGAUGGGAAUAGGGCUUGGGUGGUGAUGGAGGCGGUUGCGCCGGCCACCUUCCUCGCAACACUCGCAGCCCUCGGCCCGCCGUCAACCUUCCACGCAAGCGUACUGGCAGGCCUAUACCUCCUGCACUACCUGCACCGCGCGUUCGUCUCGCCACUCCUCCUCGCUCCCCCGAGGGCACCGCUACACCUCAUCGUCGUCGCCGCCGGCAUCGUGUUCAACCUCCUCAACGCGAGCUUGUUGGCCCGGACGCUGGUGUACUUCCCCCCUGGGGGCGGGUGGACUUUCCGCGUCGGUGUGGUGCUGUGGCUUGUCGGGUUCGCGGGGAACGUCUACCACGACGAAAUCCUGCACGACCUCCGCCGCGCCCCCGGCCACCGCCUCGUCUCGCCCCAGAUCGACGCGCCGACGCGGAAGAGUGCGGCCGGGGGCGGGCGGUACAAGGUUCCCCUUGGGGGGCUGUUCGCGCUCGUGUCGUUUCCAAACUACUUUUGCGAGUGGAUCGAAUGGACAGGCUACGCCAUCGCCCUCUCCCCACACGUCCUCACCCGCACCCCCCUCUUCCCCGGCGUCAUGCUCGCCGCGCCGUGGGCAUUCGUCCUCGCCGAAGUCACAGCCAUGCUGCCGCGCGCGGUGCGCGGGCACGCGUGGUACCGGCGCACAUUUGCAGACUAUCCCCCCGAACGGCGGGUGGUCGUGCCGUGGGUCCUGUAGUGCCGGUGUGCCGACUCGCAUCUAGAA